AUGAGUCAAAAGGUAGUGGCAUAUGUUGUCACUGAGGCCCUAGUCAAGGCUUCUUCGCUUCUCCCUUCAAAUAAAGGAAGGUCCUUUCUCGUGCAUACGCUAGCUUCCGCGCUUGGGUUCUUCGACAAGUCCCGUGGAUACUCCAAUAUCCUCGUUUUCAGACCUUCCCCUGCAUCGCGCUCAGAUCUGUGCCUGUAUCAUGAUACAGACUAUAUGAUCUUAAUCUUCACGCUCGCCAACCAAGAGGCACUGCUUUCGUCCAGAGCUCCAAAUGACGCGUCUUCGUUCGGACUGGAAGAUGAUUGCUCAUUCUUCGAGGGUCUUCAACAAUACUGUGUGUUGGUGGCAGGGGCGACAUUGAGCGCUGUGAAGGUCCUGAAGCAUGUAGACAUAUCCAUCGUGUGGGAUGGUGGCCGACAUCACGCUGGGAAGUCUCGAGCCUCGGGGUAUUGCUACAUAAACGAUGUCAACUUAGGCAUACUGAGCCUCCGGCAACUUAAGCCACGUCCGCGUGUAAUGUACAUCGACUUGGACCUCCACUACCCCAAUGGUGUGGCCGAUGCUUUCCAAACACAGACUGCUCAAACCGCUUCCGUACUUAUCCUUAGUAUCCAUCACGCAUCUGCAGGCUUCUAUCCCGCAUCUCCCAAUGCUCUGCUUCCAGCGGCUGGCACACCGCACCUCCAUACUUUGUCCAUACCUUUGGCGCAAGGAGCGACCAACGCCACUUUCCAUCGCAUCUGGAAAUCGUGUGUGCAACCUGUUAAGGAAGCUUUCUGCCCAGAGUUCAUUAUUGUACAGUGUGGGGUGGAUGGGCUCGCAGGCGACCCAUGUGGGGUGUUCAACUGGGGACUCGAUUUGAAUGAUGAAGGCUCCCUGGGAUGGUGUGUGAAUGAGUGCCUCUCCUGGGAACUCAGAACUGUCCUUCUGGGAGGAGGUGGCUACAACUCCGCAAAUGCUGCGCGGGCGUGGGCUUACUUGACAUCCAUUGCCUGCGGGAGCCCCCUCACCUUAGGAGACCCAAUCCCAGACCAUCCAAACUUCCCCCAGUACGGGCCAUCGUUCACUAUGGAGGUUGACGUCGGUUCGUUCUCCGAUUGAUACGACUCGAGCGAUGUUCAUUUAUUCGAUUCUGCAUUCAUAUGGACCACAGGGAAUAUGGUGGACCAGAACAUAGAUUCUGACCUUGAAGCAAUGGAGGCCCGGUUCGCAAUCCUUGUGGACCGAUUGAAGGGUGCUUCCU